CAGCCCAGCUUCGCAAAGUCAUGGACCGGUACGCAGAGCUGUCACGCGAGCAGCUCGUCGCUCGCCUGUACGCGUACGAGAAACACGGCCCGCCUGCCAAGACGCCUGCGGCCGCGGCCGCUGCCGCUGCCGCUCCGUCUGCGACUGCGCCUGCGCCUACGCCGGCCGAAUCCAAAAGCAGGAAGAAAAAGCACAAGGACGACGGGAAGACGUUCUCGUUCGGCGUCCACCCCACGCGCCACGUUGCGCUCCUCGUCGCGUAUCAUGGUUGGCCGUACUCGGGCCUCGCGAUCCAGCCGACGAGCGCGUUCGACACGGUCGAGGGCGAGCUGCUGAAAGCUCUCGAGAAGUGUCGCCUCGUCGAGCCAGGCAAGGGGUGGGAGGGGUGCGGGUUCAGCCGCUGUGGGCGGACCGACCGCGGCGUGAGUGGCGAAGGGCAGGUGCUGAGCCUCUGGAUCCGGAGUAAUCGCAAGGAGGGGGACGGGGGGUAUGCGCUCGGCGACGGGUGGCGUGCCGCCACGGAGGAGAAGCCGCCGAAGCCCGCCGCGGUGAAGGCGGAGCCUGAGGGGGGCGAGGCUGCUGAGGCUGAAGGAUCAGAGUCGACGGCGAAGGCCAAGGCCAAGACGAAGAAGGAGCCCAAGCCGCAACCCAAGAGCGAGCCCGCCGAGAUUGCCUACCCCCGCCUCCUGAACGGCGUCCUCCCACCCUCGAUCCGCAUUCUCGCUUGGUCGCCCGUCGCCGCCGACUUUGACUCGCGCUUCUCGACAGAAUACAGGCACUACAAGUAUGCGUUCCACCAGCACGCGAUCCACGGCCGCCCCCCGCUCGACCUGCAGCGGAUGGAGGAGGCCGCCGCGCUCCUGCUGGGCGAGCACGACUUCCGAAACUUCUGCAAGCUCGACGGCAGCAAGCAGAUCGAGAACCACUCGCGGCGCGUCAUCAAGGCGUGGUUCGAGCCCGGGCCCCUGCCGGACCAGAUCGUCUUCAACCUCAUCGGCACCGCCUUCCUGUGGCACCAGGUACGGCACAUUAUCGCCGUGCUCUUCCUCGUCGGCUCGGGGCUCGAGCAGCCCUCCAUCGUCUCGGACCUGCUCGAUGUCCACCGCUUCCCCGGCAAGCCGGGGUACAAUAUGGGGCAUCCGCUGCCGCUGACGCUGCACCGGUGCGAGUACAAGCCGGGCACGUUGGACUGGCGCUUCGGGCCGUACGACGGGCCGUGGGGUGACCUCGAGGGCGAGGCGCGCGAGAAAGUCCGCGCCGAGGCUGAGACGGGCCUCGACCAGUUCGAGCGCCAGCUCGAGAGCGCGCGGCAGGAGGCCGAGAUCCGCGCGUGGCAGGUCGGCGGCGCGCUGCGCCGCGUCAAAGAGGUGCUGGGCGAGCCCACGCUGCUCGAGGACACGAACCACGUCGUGACGGGUGCAGGCGAGACGUUCCACACCAAAACAUGGCACCCGGUCGCCCAGCGCCCGAUGGGAGACACACCCGAAACCACAAAUCGCAAGUGGCGCGAGCAGAAGACGCGCACUGGCAAGCUGCCGGCGCACCUCAAGGCCGACGAUGAGUAG